AUGGAUUGCAUCAAAGACAUUUUCCAAGAGGGUUCUCUCCUCGAUGGACGCUUCGAAUCCAUCAAGCUCCUCAACCACGGCUCUUUCGGCAUGGUGUACCUCGCCAAAGACAUUUACACCAAUGAAUUGGUCGCCAUUAAGUGCUUGGCUAAGGCUAACACUGGUGCCGAAGGUGCAGGCCUCGCUAUUGAUGAGCUUUCCCAGGAACUGGAAUACCACACUCAAAUUGGCUCUCACCCUAACAUAGUCAACUUGGCCCACUCUUUCGAGACCGAGACACAUGUCUUUCUUGCACUUGAGUACUGCCCUAUGGGGGAUCUUUAUGAGACUAUCUGCUCUGGCCGUGGACCUUUGGAGACUGAGCAUGUCAGAGAGUUCAUGCUGCAGCUGGUUUCAGCUGUGGAGCACAUGCACGCCAGGGGUGUCUAUCACCGUGACAUCAAGCCGGAGAAUAUCUUCUUGAGUGCGUCUGGAUCUGUCAAGCUUGGUGACUUUGGUUUGGCUACCAUGGAACAAUGGACAGACGAGUCUGCUGUGGGAAGUGACCGCUACAUGGCACCUGAGCAAUAUGACUCUUUUGGUGGAUACUCUCCUGAGCAGGCAGACAUUUGGGCCAUCGGUAUCUGUCUAUUGAACAUUUUGUUUGCCCGUAAUCCAUUCACUGUCCCCUCCGAGAGUGACCCCCUCUUUGCAGACUACGUUCUUGACCGAGAAUCUCUCUUUGACAUCUUCCCAACCAUGUCCUACGACACCUUUGAGGUUCUUAUCAACUGCUUGUCACUCGACCCCAACAAGCGUUCCCUCAGGGGUGUCCGUGAGGCACUUGAGAGAGCUGUCUGCUGGACCACUGACGAGGAAAGUCUUGAUGACUUCUGCACCGAGGACAGAGAUGUCGUCGUUGCUUCAGCCAAUCGCGAGCCCCUUCGCACCCCAUCCAUUCCCAGUCCCCAGGUUGCACAAGGUGGCUCUUUCCCUUGGGCCCAGGCUUUGCACUCCACUCCAAUGGCACGCCAGCUUUCUGUCAUUCCCGACCAAGAGGAGCCCAUGGUUCGCUACAGCGAGGAUAUGUUUGUCAACAGCCCCGAUCGUUAUGCUCAUGACAUGGGCUUCUACGUUCCCCCAACUCCCUCAUUCGAUUCUGGUCUUGGUGGCUCUUUCACUUCCAUGGAGCAACGUUUCAACCUUCGCGAAGACAAAAUGCGUGAAAGCAAAGUACGCACUGAGACAAUCCCGAUUCAGACUUCAGCGGUUGCAAAGACCGAGAAUGCAUUGGGUAUGACUUUCGGCAAACCUGAAGAGCCAAUUUCUAAGUCUUGGAGUGAUUGGGUCAUCGAGGAUGAGGAGGAGGAGGAGCGCGAGCGCGAGGAACGUGAGAAGGAGCUUAAGCGUAGGAGCUGGAGCUACGAAUCCGACCAAGGCUACGAUGAUGACGGCUAUGAUGCCGAAUGGGUUGGAGGUGGAUGGGAGGACCUCACUGUGUAG